AUAACGGAAAGACAUGCUCACCUGUCAUAAUUAUUGUGAGUUUCAGCUAGUUAAGUAUACGUUGGAAGGCAGAUGAAAUGGUAUAACACGAGCCUUUGGAUCACAAACGGUAAGUGCGGGUGGAAUGACAGAAAUUUAUUCUUCUAUUUUCUUCAUAUAAAAGAAUAUUGAUAACCAUACAAAACAAGCACAUGUUCAUAACUGCAUGUUGAUUCUAAAAACGCUAACAUCAGUUUUAUUUUACUCCAGAGUCCGAAGAUCUGUAGGACGCUUAAAAAGCUUGUGUUGCAAUGCAUUUUCAGGAGAGAUAGAAGUGCCCGCGCAAGCCACUACGCCAAACUUCUUUGACCCAGUCUUUAAUUCCAUUGGCUUUCUUCGUCAGAGUCGUUGUUCCUAGUCGACCUUGAUUGGCUUAGACAGCUUAUAUAUUGACGUCACAGUGAUGUGGUUGCUAUAAAUACCCAUCAGCAUGAGACUUGUUUCAUGAAUUCACAUAUACUAGAGAGAGAAAACACACGAAGGUGUCGAGUGUAGGUCAUAUACACAGUGCAGUUUGGUUUUCAGAGGUUCAUUAACUGCUCACUCUCCUCACUAUCCUGAUCGACAUUCUUAAAUGGUGGACGUUCUACUGUUUCUGAUGUAUCGCUAUUAGGACACAGACUGCUGUGAAAAUAAUCUUUUCAAGAAAAAAAAGCGGGUAAACGACCAAAUCCCGAUGCCGACUGCGAGAAGUCAAAACGACCAUAUUGAGAAGUGUAAGGGGUUCAUCCAUAGAUCCAAGCAGCGACUUUUCUACCAUAACAACAUGGAUCCACCAAAAGACCCUUCCUCGUCUCCAAGAAGCAGCGUUUCAGAUUCUCUGCCGUUGAUCAACCUCAGUGAGCAUUAUGACAUCGUUAAAACACUUGGCAGCGGAACAUAUGGCAAUGUGAUGCUUGCCCGCUGCAAGACAACAGACACUGUCGUUGCAUUGAAAAACUUAUUAAAAAAGGGAACCAAAUUUAGAGAUUUUCAAAGAGAGUUCACAUAUGGAUAUUUCCUAUCUCCUCAUUGUGCAAUAGUCAACACGUUCGACGUCGCUUUCGAGACUGAGACAUCAUACAUGUUUGCCUUAGAACAUGCCCCGCUAGGAGACCUGUUUGAAACGAUACCCCCACAAAUAGGCCUUGAUGAAAAACGUGGAAAAUGUAUCAUAAAGCAGGUAGCCUCUGCCUUAGACUUCAUGCAUAGUAAACACUUGGUGCAUAGAGACAUAAAGCCAGAAAAUGUUCUCCUUUUUGACAGAGAAUGUACCAAGGUGAAACUAAUGGAUUUUGGAAUGACCAGAAAGCGAGGUACGCUGGUAAGGAAAAUAAGUGGCAGCAUACCUUACACACCUCCAGAAAUAUGUGAGGCGGUAAAAAACGAGGGAUUCUAUGUAGAAAAAAGUGCAGACGUGUGGGGAUGUGCAGUACUCUUAUUUACUAUUUUGACGGGCAAUUUUCCAUGGGAAAAUGCUGACGUUGGAGAUCCAUAUUUUGUGGAAUUCGCACAGUGGCAAAAGCGUAAAAUUGGACCAACGCCAUCUCAAUGGCGGCGUUUUACUCCACGCCUUAUGAGACUCUUCAGAAAAAUGCUGGAUACCAAACCUGAGAAAAGAUGUGAAAUUACCGCUGUUUACAGGUAUAUUGGUGAUGCAUGGUUAAAAAAGGCAAAAACGUCUUAUGACUGCGACGAUGACAUUUCCAGUGACGAUAGCAAAGGCACAGAAAUGAUAGAACUGAGGCAUGCCCUUGAAAAGCAUGGCAUUGACACAAAAGUAAGCAAGAAAUUAAAAGAGAAGAGAAUAAAUGAAUGGAUUAUGUCACUAGGGCUCGAAUAAAUGGACAAUUAUUUUACACGAUUUACCUCAAAAAAAAAAAAAAAUCAAUUUCUUCCUAGCAAAAACUCCAUAAGUCGUAGACCGGUGCAGAUUGUGUUUUAACGUGCAGGCACAGCUAAAUCUUUACACUUGUCAUAACCAAGAGUUAUGAUAAAUCUAUAAGCCGAGGUAAUGAGCUCUAACGUGUUCAUGUGUUCACAUUUUAUAAUGAUUGAAACAGCCUAAAAUUAACGUGUUGUGAGCAUACGGGAAGGCACUAGAAGGCAAACUGAUGCACAGGAUCAGACAGCAAUUCCAUGUAAUUAACUUCUUAAACCAACGCAAAAGGUUAAUAAUAUAUAAGAUAUCUAUGAAAUAUUCAAACAGUACGUGUUUUCCAGUGCAUCUGAAGUGAGAGUAUGUCAGGAUGAAUGAACUAGGUCUCUUGAAGUAGCCAAUUUGCUGUAAGAAUUGAUUGUUUUUCUUUGAAAUGUUUUUAGUUAGAAUUCAACUUGCUUCUUUCUUCAUGUCAGACAGAAGCGGGCUUUCGAGCCUAUCGAUCACUCUCGUACUCAAAGACUGUGAUAUAUUUACCCAUUAAAUCCAUUAAAUGUCAAAUGUAAACAAAAGAAAUGUGAAAAUCUAUCUAAUCUAUCACAUUAGGUAAAAUAUGAUGGAGUGUUUAAGUGAUGAUAUUUUGCAUACAAAAGAAAGUGUAGAAAUCUGAGUUAAACACCUGUUUUACCAUUCAAAGCAAUGAGAAGCAUUUGAUAUUGUUAAAUAAGUAAGUCUACAAACGUUUUCUAUCAGUAAUAAAAACUUUUCAAAUGUCA